AUCAACACAGAGAGACAGGAGAGCAAUGCAUCCAAACGGGAAUAUUCUGAUUUAAUAGUCCAUGAAAUAAUAAUUCCGCAGUAAACAACUUUCUACAAAUUACAAGGGUUAUUUUUAACCAUCCCUUCUGACUUACAAGAAAUUGGAAAAUGACAACGCAAGUUACCGUAGCAAGAGCAGGUACAAUUGGACACGAGGAAUAUAGCCUCUACAGCAGCAUGACUGAGGAGGAACUUAUUCAGUUGGCCAUUGAGCAGAGUUUGACAGAAGACCCUGCUGAGCAAAUAGCUGCGCAGAAGACAGUUACUGCCGCACCACCUCCCCGUGAACCCUACUGUCAGAACUUCUACCUUUAUCCUUGGGAAAGGCGUGCUGCACAGUCCAGAGGCCAGACUUCAGCAUCCGGUUCAGGACUCAGACGGAGGUACGAUGGCAGCUUCUUCAUCUUACCCCAAGCUGAAGUGCUGGAUCCUGUAGUGUCGGUGAUCAAGGAAGGAGAUGAAACAGCACUGCACAACAUGAUACAGGCAGGAAAAAACCUUGCACAACCUAACAAAGAUGGAUGGUUGCCACUCCAUGAAGCUGCUUAUUAUGGACAAGAGGGCUGCUUGAAACUGCUGCAUAGAUCUUUUCCUGGGACCAUUGAUCAACGUACACUUCAGGAAGAAACAGCACUCUAUUUAGCAACAAACAGAGGGAAUAUUGAUUGCAUGCGUUCAUUGCUCCAAGCUGGAGCAGAACCUGAUAUUGCAAACAAAGCCAGGGAGACCCCACUUUAUAAAGCCUGUGAACGCAAAAAUUCUGAAGCCGUGCAGAUGUUAUUGCAGUACAAUGCUGAUGUGAACCAUCGCUGCAAUCGUGGUUGGACGGCCCUUCAUGAAGCUGUUGCUCGAAAUGAUUUAGAAAUAAUAGAACUUUUAGUUCAAGGAGGUGCCAAAGUUGAAUCUGCAAACUGUUAUGGAAUUAGCUCUUUAUUUGUAGCAGCUGAAAGUGGCCACUUAGAAGCCUUGAGAUACCUGGCGAAAUGUGGUGCUGAUAUCAAUACUCAAGCUAGUGACAAAGCCUCAGCUCUCUAUGAAGCUUCUAAAAAUGGACAUGAGAAGAAUGUGGAAUUUCUCUUGUCUCAAGGUGCUGAUGCUAACAAAACCAAUAAGGAUGGGCUCUUACCAAUUCAUGUGGCCUCCAAAAAAGGCUAUUAUGAGAUUGUGAAAAUGUUACUCCCAGUAACAAGUCGUACUCGCAUCAAGCGUAGUGGCAUCAGCCCUCUGCAUUUGGCAGCUGAGCGCAACCAUGAUGAUGUCUUGGAAGAGCUGAUUGAUGCUGGCUUUGAUGUAAAUGCCACCCUUUCUUUUGAGCGUUCCCGACUCUAUGAGGAUAGGCGCACCACUAUCCUCUAUUUUGCAGUCUUCAACAACAACAUAUAUGCCACUGAGCUUCUGCUUGAGGCUGGCGCUAAUCCCAAUGUUGACUUUAUCAAUCCAUUGCUCAUCUCCAUUCGCCAUGGCUGUUUGAAGACAAUGAAACUGCUUCUUGAUUAUGGAGCUAACAUUAAUGCCUAUGUUGCCUCUCACCCUACAACUUUCCCUGCUACUGUAAUGUUUUCAAUGAAGUAUCUUGCUCUGCUGAAAUAUUUGAUGGACAUGGGCUGUGAUGCCAACUCUUGCUUUAUAUGUUGUUACGGGUGUGGCCCACAUCCUCCUAUUGAUAUUAGGAGGGACCGAUAUAAUGAUCCUGCAGAGAAUAACGAUAACAAAAUUGUACAGUUUUGUGAAAUGGUUUCAACCCCCGAGAUGAGUCGUUGGGCAGGCCCUAUUAUAGAUGUUCUUUUGGAUUAUGUGGGCAAUGUGCAACUUUGUUCCCGGUUGCAGGAACACAUUGACAGUUAUGAAGAUUGGUCUAACAUUAAAGUCAAAGCAGAGCCACCAAGGCCACUUGGACACCUUUGUCGAAUCAAAAUUAGAAUUGUGAUUGGAAAAAACCGUCUUUCACUUAUUGAUACUUUACCUUUGCCAAGAAGACUAAUUCGGUAUUUACAAUAUGAUUAUACCCAGUGAUCUAUAGUGAACCUGACAUUCAGCCAUUAUAUGGAGUGAUAAUCAAAUGUAUUAUAGAGCGAGCUGCCAUGAUGGAAACAGACCGAUAUGAUGGAACAGAAAACUUGUUUUGGUAUGUAAAAAGAAAAAAACAGAGGACUUCUGAAAGUUAAAUCUCAGAACAAAUGCAACAGCAUUUAGAGUAUAGGAAAGACCUGAAAAAGUGAGAAUAAAGCACUUGGCAAAUAGUGAAAGGGAUAUUAUGCUAUCUUGCAAGGAAAAACACUCUCAGUAGCUCAACAUUUAGUACAAAAUGCAGGCAGGGUAAAAUGUAGAUUGAAAUCUACCAAUAAAUCUCCAGGUGAUCUACAUGUCUUAAAGAACUUCCAAUUCUCCCUAGUUUAACAAUGGUGACAGAAAACCUUUUUCCUCCUUAAUUAAACUGCUAAAAUAAAUGUUUAAAAGCUUGCAAGAAAAUAGGAGGUUUUUAUGAUGUGAAAAAACAUAAGCACAAACUCCAGUUCUACUACCAAAAAGAAAUUCCUGAUCUGGGCAUGUGUCCAGUAGUUCUAAAUCUGCCUUCUUAAAUUGUUAUUUUGUACUUGAUUCUGGUUGACGGACCUCACAAUAGUGAAAAAUAAACAUGCAUAAUGUAAGCCUAAACUAUUCAUAACCAGAUAUAAGGAAGGGGUAGCAAAAGUUGUAUCUCUCCAUAUAGAUAAAUGCAAUGAAUUAUGCAGAUGAUCAUGCUGUAAUCAUUCAUAAUGAUAUCAAUCAAUUCUUUUUGGGUUGCAGCAAUUAUAAAUAUUGCUGCCAACUGUAUAAUAUGCUGGAUUUUGUGCCUGUUGCCAUAAUUGAUCAUUGUGUUAACAGGCAUUAGCAGGUUUACUCAUUAUAUGAAUAACAAAUGUAUUUGUC